CGCUCUCUCCCGUAGGACAUGGCCGAGGUACCGCCGGGGCCUAGCAGCGUGCUGUCCCCGCAGGGGGACGCGCUCUCCCCCUUCCUCGGAGGAGGAGGAGGGGGGGCCGCAGCUUCCUCCUCCUCCUCCUCCUCCUCUUCCACCGCCGCCGCCGCCGCCGCUUGCACUGGCGCCCAGGACGAGGAGGCCGAAGAGGAGGAGGAGGAGGAGGCGGCGGGCGGCCGGCAGCAGCAGCGCGGAGGAGGCGACGGCAGCAAGGGGGGCCCGCAGCCGCCGCCGCGCCGGCAGCACCGCCACCCGCCGCACCACAACCACCAGCUCAACGGCCUCAUCAGCCCCGAGCUGCGGCACCUGCGCGCCUCGCUCAAGGGCAAGAUCCUCGGCGCGGAGGCCGCCGAGGGCGCCGAGAACAAGCGAGCCGGCAAAACAACGGGCCCCGGCCCGCGGCAGCCGUCACCGCCCGCGGCCGCGGCGGCCCCGCUCGGCAACCACCUCCCUCCGCAGCCAAGGACUGCGCCCUCGCCGCCGCCUCCUUCUCCCCCGGCGGCAACAGGGGACAGGAGCCAGGCUGCUGCCACGGCUACGACUGCUGCGAAGAGGGCAGCCCGCAAUGGACUGGCAGGAGGGACUGGCUUGGAGGAGGAAGAGCAGGAGGAGGGGGAUGAAGGAGGGCAGGAGGAGGAGCCCCUGCAGCUACUCUCCGAGUCCCUGGCAGCAGCCUGCAGUUUGAAAGGCUCGGGAACGGACUCUCAGCCCGAGGAGGACCUAACGAUACGAUACGUGCGAUACGAGUCUGAGCUGCAGAUGCCCGAUAUCAUGAGACUGAUCACCAAAGAUCUGUCUGAACCCUACUCCAUUUAUACAUAUAGGUAUUUUAUCCACAACUGGCCACAACUUUGCUUUUUGGCCAUGGUAGGUGAGGAGUGUGUAGGUGCCAUCGUCUGCAAGCUGGAUAUGCACAAAAAGAUGUUCCGCAGAGGUUAUAUAGCCAUGUUAGCAGUGGAUUCCAAAUACAGAAGAAAAGGAAUUGGUACAAACUUGGUUAAGAAAGCUAUUUAUGCUAUGGUUGAAGGAGAUUGUGAUGAGGUUGUUUUGGAAACAGAAAUCACAAAUAAGUCUGCUUUGAAACUUUAUGAAAACCUUGGUUUUGUGCGAGACAAGAGGCUCUUCAGAUACUAUUUAAAUGGAGUUGAUGCACUGCGUCUUAAACUAUGGCUGCGUUAAAAGAAACCAUCACAUCGAGCAACUGACUUCCCAGCAGCGCAGAGUUGUCCUUUGCAUGCAAUGCAAUUUGUACAAAAUUGCUUUGCAGGUGGACUUAGUAAUUCCCAUGCAGCUCUUGUCUGUCAGUGUCUCAUUGAGUGUCGCACAUAUUUGUUGCACUUUGGCAUGGCGCAUUUGUUCUGAAUUAAAGCAGAUUGUUUCAAACUUGGAGUUCUUUUGGUACCAGCGAGAUGUGCCAGUUGAUAGCCAAGAUAUGUUCAUUCGUUUGCAAGUCUACUGACUAUUACGUACACAGUGAACAUUUGAUCAAAGAACCUGUCUGUGGAACACGACUUUUGGUUCCAGAGAAAAAGCCAAUGUAGAUUGUAAAAUUCUAUAAGUAUACUAACAUUUCAUACAAAAAUUGCCAUAGUUUUCUGGAGAAAAAAAAAAAAAAGGCUUCAAUUUUAGGUUUUAUUUUUCAAUAUUGAAUUUUCCAUUCUUAAAUAUUGGUACCUCGGUGAUUAGUGAAUGAAAAAAUGUAUUGUAGGGUGGGGUGUGUGUUACAAUGAGUAACAGUAACAAUUAAAUUGCGUCUGCCAGUGCCUGUAUAGAUAAGUAUAUUUGUCUUCACCUCUGAGUUUGGAGUGCAUGCUUUUAUUCUUUUACUUUCUUCAAUUGUCUUUGCAAGGAGAAUUCUGCUUUUAUUUAAAUUCCAGAUUUGAUAAUAAAUUAUUUCAGAUUUUUAUAAUUUGGAUACUUCUCCCAGACAAGGGUUUGGAAGACCCUUCUUUUCUUGCAGCAACAAGUGUAAGCUAUUUUGAAAACCUUGAGUAGCUGCUACAAGAGAACCUGAUGUCACCAGUAAAUCUUUGCUGGUUUUGGAUGCACUUUUUUUUUCUUUCAAAAGAGUGAGGGACUUUUAAAAGAAGAUAUAGAAAAUUAAUGUAAAUUGGUAUCACUUUAUUUAAUCAAAAUUAUUGCUAGAAGCUCUGGAAAAACAGCUCUUUUAAAAUAGUUGGAACCAUUCUUUUUCCAACAGCUUUGCUUCAGUGUUCUACAGUGCUUCAAUCCUUGGUUUUGGUCUUGGAAAAUAAAUUUCAAGGUGUAUUGUAUCCAUUUUUUUUUUUUUUAAGCUGCUCGCAUCUUUUCUAAACUUACAUGAGCUAAAUUAUUGGGGGAUAUUUUUCCCCUCCAAAAUCAAAUCAGCAGGGAAGGGACUAGUCUCUGAUUCUCUCU